AUGGCACUUUUCAAAUCUCGCUUUGGCGCCCUCGUGCUGGUGACGGCUGCUUGGCCUCUUCAGGCGCUGGCCACGUCAACCAGUUCCUACGACUACAUCAUUGUUGGCGCCGGGACAUGUGGUCUGCUCUUGGCCAAUCGCCUAUCUCAAGAUGCCAGCUUUACCGUUGCCGUCAUCGAUCCCGGCGCCGAUGAGCGAGACAACGCAAAUGUCACGAAUCCGCUCGGAUGGCUGGGAUUGACCGGGACGUCGGUGUACUGGAACUACUCGAGUGUACCACAGGAAAGCCUUGGGGGAAGGGUGCUCGAGUACGAUGGUGGUAAAGGUAUAGGGGGAACCAGCCUGAUAAACGGCAUGACAUACAUCCGAGGCGACAAGGCUCAAUUCGACGCCUGGGAGCAACUCGGAAACCCAGGCUGGAACUGGACAACCAUGCUCAAGGCCUUCAAGAAAGUCGAGCACUUCUUCCCCCCUCUGCCGUGGCAAGAGACCGCCGGUGCCCAUUACGAGGAAGACUAUCACGGCUUCUCCGGUGGGCUUCACGUCGGUUUCAAUCCGGACCUGCUCAACGGCUCUUUCUACGGCGACGUAAAAGCAUCCUGGGCGGCUGUGGGACAGGAUCUGAAUCGAGACGCGAGCAGCGGAGAUACGGCUGGAUUCGACGUCUGGCCUCAGACGUUGGAUCCGAUCAAGAACGUGCGAUGGGAUUCUGCUACGGCGUUUUAUUGGCCUAUAAAAGACAGACUGAACCUGAAGCUUCUCAACGGCACGGUUUCCAAGAUUCUGUGGAAGAAAGACGGGGCCAAUGCGCCUGAAGCCUCGGGGGUGGAAUACCUGGCCCCAGAUGGGAGCAUCAAGACGGUGAAUGCCAGGAAAGAGGUCAUCUUAUCCGCAGGGGCACUGCGUACGCCGCUGAUCCUGGAACUCUCUGGCGUUGGCAGCCCGAGCAUCUUGAACAGUUUGGGCAUCGAGACGGUUGUCAACUCCCCAGGGGUGGGAGAGAACCUGAUCGAUCAGUCCAACGUGGCACUGACAUACUCGACCAAGGACUCGUUCCCCGGCUACGCACCGUAUGCCACCUUUGUCAAUGCCACAUCUCUCUUCGGCGAUAGUGUCGAGUCUGUGGCUGCUUCAACCAGGAAGAAUCUGCCCAUAUGGGCACAGCAUAUUGCCAACGAAACGAAUGGAGCCAUAAGCGCAGAGGCCAUCGAGCACCGACUCCAGGUCCAACACGACCUCAUCUUCAAAAAGGGGGUAACCAUCGCAGAAAUCCUUUCCAGCGCGAGCGGCACCUCAGCCAUAUCAGCAUACUGGGGCACUCUCCCUUUUAGCCGCGGGAGCGUACACCUCAGCUCAGCCGACGCCAUCAACACGCCAGCAAUCAACCCGAGAUUCCUAUCCGUCGACUUUGACCUAGCCGUACAAAUCGCCAUCGGCCGCCUCGCAACAAAGUUCUGGACCACGGCCCCCAUAUCCGCCAUCAUCGAGGCAAGAAUCCAGCCCAACUCCACGAUCCUCCCGCCAGACAACGCUACAGACGCUCAGUGGGAGAGCUUCACGAGGAGCAGCUUGAUUUCGAACUCUCACUCGCUAGGGACGGCGGCUAUGAUGAAGCGCGAAUGGGGUGGCGUGGUGGACGCGCAGAUGAGGGUGUAUGGCGCGGGGAACGUGAGGGUGGUGGAUGCCUCUGUGUUACCGAUGCAGGUCAGCGGACAUCUUACGGCGACGCUGUACGCGGUUGCGGAGAGGGCGGGGGAGAUGAUCGUUGGAGAUCGUCGUAGAUCGUGA